GCCUGUUUGCUUCUAGGGAAGAGAAAAAAAUAGAGUGAGAGAAAGCUGUUAAAUACGAGUAAUUCAAAACCGUGCGCGCUUUAUCGCAAACGAUGUCCAAAAGUUGCUGGAGCCCCACUAUUCCCGUCCGCAGGAGCCAGCCCGACUUUUCAAAGGCCGCUCACGGAGGUUGCUGUAAAUAAGCUCGGGCUCGUCCGGGGGCUGCCUGGACACCGGCCAGGCGAGGGUUUGUGCUGAAACUCCGCUUGAUGGCCGAGAUGAAGAUGACAACAGAUUCUCUACGCUUCGCGGCGCUACGGAAAUAAUCGUCGCAACGUGGACGCGUCGACCGGUCCCCGCCAAGUUGUGCCGACCUCAGCCCGGCUCUCAGGCUUUACACCCGCUCCUGUCGGAGGAAAGCAAGGCAGACAACCCCCUCGGCCUCUUAUCCUUACAAACUGGCAGAGCGCUUUUUGAUUGUUACUCUUCACACGGGCGGCCCCGAUCGCGGGGGCCAAAAUCCCCCCGGCGCUCGCAGCGCCGCAGGCGGGCAGGGCCUGAUCCUGCUCGCCCCGGGACGGCCGCAAAUCGGCCCCAGCUGCCGGGAGGGCAGCGGGGUGGCUCUGGAUUUACUCUGGUGUAACUGGGAGCGGGCUGCUGGUGCGGAGGAUGUGUGCCUUUGAUAUUGUAACCUAAAACUGGCAGCUUUCCCUGCUCUGGCAGGAGUUUAGAAACAUUGCCAUAUGAGCUGGUUUUCCAGAGGGGCCUGAAAAUGCAAUCCAUUAUCUGAUAUUUUGGAGCAGCUUUUUUAAUUAAGGCUCUGGCUAAAGGGCUGAUUCGAGAGGUGUGUUUUUCUUGUCCUUAGGGACUUGGCACAUCCUGGCGUCUGUCACCCUCCCGAAACUACAGAGUCACUUUUCCUCCCGUGUCGUAUUCGGAGCAAAGCCCUUUUAUUAUUUUUUUUCCUUUUUUUUUUUUUUUUUAUUUAUUUUUUUUUCCCCUACCAGAGGUGCAGAUAAAUCAUUAGAGCCUCCGCUCAGCUCGUCUCCUUCUCCCGUAGCCCAACUUCUGUGCGCUACUGGCUGAUUACGGAGGAACUGCACGGGCUGAGACGGCAGCUCUUAAUUCCCCGACUUUUUGAAUCUCCAGCCGUCGCCGAGGAGAAUGCAGCCCUCCCCUCCGGCCGGCUUAUAAUGAGCCAAGAAAUUCAUAUUUCAUGGGAGGUGGAAGUGAGUCCCGGCAGUAGCGGAGCGGCGGAGGGGUGCCAAGGUCUGGGCUGAAAGGAUGUAUCAGACCCCUGCUGCCACCCGGGACCCCACACCACCCUGUCCCCAUCCCUGUGCCCGGCCCCGCAGGACCGUGCCAUGACGGGCGGGCAGGAGCCGGCAGCAGGACGGGCAAGCGGGGCUGCGUAGCCCCCCUCCCCGGCUACCAUGACCGGAGAGACCCAGCAUGUUUACACCAUCAGCGACGCUGAGGCCGGCCCCAAAGAGCAGGACAAGGACUUUGGCUUCGAAGGCUGCGGCGAGAAGGAUGGCAGGGCGCUCGGCGGCAGCUCGCAGCCCUGCACGCCCAGCGGGGGCGAGGGGACGUCCCCCUUCCCCGCCACCAAGGACAAGGAGCCCCACAGCCAGCGGGAAGCCGUGAUCCGGCCGCAGCAGGCGGGCAAGAUCGACUUCAAGUCCCUCCACAACAAGCCCAAGUUCGCGGGUGAGAGCGGCUGGGGCGGCAUCAAGGGCAGCCCCCAGUCCCCCCCGGGGAAGGGCAGAGCCCGCGAGCGCAGCCGGCGGGCAGGGAAGGGCGAGCGGGGCCAGCACCAGCUCUACCGGCUCAGCAUCGCCAGCGCCCGCCCCAGCCCCACCAUCGGCAUCGCCUACCCCCAGCAAAAAGUGACCCCCCCGAAGGCACCCGAAGCCAGCCGGGCUCCCGCGGCCGGCAGCUACCGCUUCCAUGUGCCCGGCGUCCCCGAGGAGGAAGAGCUGAGCUUCGGCCGCUGCUUCCCCGAGGCCGCCGCCGGCCGUACCUCCACCAACUAUACCUCACCACCCGCCGGCCCCCCGCGCCCGCCCCACGGCCCCAAAGGGCAGCCCCCCGCCGGCAUCCCCCUCAAGAGCCCCGGCAGCAAUGGGCAGCUACAUUACUUAGAGUUUCAGGCGAACGGGGCGACCUCGUGGCCCUCUCCGGAGAAGAGCUUCGCAGGUGCUAGCUACGGGGUCAAGCCCAGCUCUUUCCCCGAGGGCAGCAAGGCGGGCGGCCACGCUCUGGGCGCUUUGCCCUUCCAGUUCCCCUUCCAGCUGCUGCACGACUCGGGGAAGGAGCCGUACCGCGGCGAUGCCGAGUACCUGGACGUUGCCCUCGCCGCCGGCCAGGCGGCUCACGGCGCCUUCGGCUUCCACGCGUCCCCCCGAGAGUGGCAGGAGGAGGUGCCGGGCAUCGGCUCUUUCGAGGGCGCGUGCCCCCCGGGCCGGCUGUACGGCGUGCCCACCCCGCUCCUGGCCCCGCCGCCCGCCCCGCACCGCGGCCCUCUGACGUGCUACAAGGGCAGGAGCGAGCAUCCCGCCGACCCCAGCGGUGCUCUCUCGUCCUCUGGUGCUAUCGACCAAAACCCAAGCACUUUCCAAGAAAACCAAGCUGUUUUUCCGUCUAGUUUACACUCGCCUAGUGUGCCAAAGCCAGUUGGUAAGGGGCAAGCCUCAGCCAAAGACAGUGUGCCCAGCCCGCGGCUGCUGCUCCCGAGCAGCCCUCUCAGAAGGAAUAUGCCACCAAACUCCCUCUCCCAAGUGCACUUUCAGAGCAAAGCCUAUUGCGGCUCCCCCGCGGGCAGCGCGAGCGCAGGACCUGUGCCUUUCGAGACAAGCGUUCCCACUACGGCGCCCACCCACCCCCGGCUCGUGCAAGCCUGGGAGGGCGCCGCGAAGGCAUUUUCUCCCAUGGACCAGAACUCAGCACCUUAUUCAAACCCUGUUGGAAGCCAGUUCUCAUUUGAGUGCCAGCCUGGCCCCGAGCAGAGGCAGCACAGGCAGAAAAAUGCCAGGAUGCCUUGGCAGCAAAUACACCUCACUUCUGCGGUGCCCGGCCAGAACAGGAUCGAGUUGUCGAGGCAGAUGAGCAGCCAGAAGCUCCCUUUCCCCCUCGGCACGCCGGAGUGGCCGGGCAGCGGCAAAGCCCACAAAGGGCCCCCCCUAAGCAGCUCCCCAGGGUAUCACGGCAAAAAGCUCCUGUCGGGAGAGAGCCUCGGGGUGCAGCAUGGGGACCCUGGCUUGACGGGCGCUUUUUCUUUUGAAAAUGGCAAGGACCCGGCCUCUCCCGCCUGCGACUCAAGAAGCAAAGCCCUCUUCUACAGCAUGGGCCAGGCAGGGCCACCUCCUCCUCCCUCCAGGAGCUCGUCGGGCUCAGCGUUGGUCCUGCCGCCGUCAGCCUUGGUGGCCGCCUCGCCCUGCGAGUCCCCGCUGCCAUCCCCUGUCCCCAACCCCACCUGCGGCAGCACCUGCUCCUCGCUCUCCCCCAUGUCCAGCAGCCCGCUCAACCCCAGCUUCGAAGACGGCCAGCUGUCCGGGGCGCUCACCCCCUCGCCCUUCUUCCACCACCCCUGCCAUCCCAAGGAGGGCGUCAAAACCUUCCACCCCUCCGAGGUGCUGACCUCGGGCUCGCUCCACUACCACCCCCAGGACUCCAUCAAGCCCUUCCACUUCCCUCCCGACACCCUGAAGGACGACCACCUCCUGAAAUGCUCCCCAGAGAGCCCAUUCCACAAACCUGGCGCGGAGGUGGCCAAAAGCUGCCUGGAUGGCUUGGACGGGGAGCCGCCGCCGCCGCCAUACGCGUCCCAUCACCUGCUGGCCGGCUCGCUCAGCAGCGCCAGCCUGGACCAGCUGGACGUGCUGCUGACCUGCAAGCAGUGCGACCAGAACUACAGCAACCUGGCCUCCUUCUUGGAGCACCGCCAGUUCUGCACAUCCCACCCCGCGCCCCACGCCGAGGCCAAGGAAGCCCCCCGGGCAGCCGAGGGGCGGCGAGGGCUGCCCCCCGAGCCCCCCAAGCCCCCCGCCACCAGCGGGGCCAGCCUGCCGCUGUCUCCAGACCCCCAGGCACAUUUGCUGGCGCUGAACAAGGGCGAGGAGUUUCUGCUGGAUGGGGAAAGCAAGAGCGACGGCAAGGAGGAUGCUCUGAAGGGUGGCCUCUUCAACGGCCUCGCCGCCAGCUCCUUGCCUCUCACGGCCUCUGACCUGGACAUUGACGACGCCAAGCUGGACAGCCUGAUCACCGAAGCCCUCAACGGCCUGGGCUACCAGUCGGACAACCCAGAGAUCGACAGCAGCUUCAUAGACGUGUUUGCCGACGAGGAGCUGACGGGCAUGAAGGCCGCUGGCAGCGGGGCGUCCCACAAGGCGAAGGAAGGCCUGGCCUCGGAGAGCAAACCCAGGCACGCAGCAGCGGAGGAGAAGGAAGGUUACUGUUAUGAGGACAGCCACCCGGGGGGGGAGAGGGCGAAGAGACGGGCAGGAAAGCAGCACGGCCACAAGGGGAGGGCGGCACGGAGGCUGGUGGCCCACGAGGCCGAGCGGACGGAGCCGGCAGCGGAGGAGAGGACGGCCAGGCUGCGGGUGGGCAGGAAGAACAGUGUCCCACCGGUGUCCUCCAGGUCAGCCUCCGGCCAAAAGCAGCCCAAGAAACUCAACCAGGAGCCUCAGACAAAAAGCGAGGCCGGGCCGGGCGCUGCCACCAAGAGCUCCAAGCCACCUCGGUUCUCCAUGAAGGAGGGGAAGAAGCGGAAACCCCGGAGCGGGACGUGGAGCAAGGAGCUCAUCCACAAGAUCGUGCAGCAGAAGAACAAGCUCCACCAGCUGCACGCAAAGAGCAGCAAGCAGGCGCAGCUCCCCCUGCACAACGAGAGGCUGGAGACCCCCACCCAGGAGGGCCGGCUCCAGGAGUACGAAUACGUCUCCGACUCGGAGGACGAAGGGGCAGCGUGCAGCAAGCUCCGCGGAAGGAGGAAGCGGGGGGCAACGUUUAUCGGGAGAGCCAAAUACAGCUUCAGCAAGAAACGCCCGGGAAGAGGCGAGAGAGCCAAAGAGAAAGAUCCAGCCUGGAGCUACAGCCGGAGAAGAGACCGUCAGAAAAGGGAGGCACCGGGGCACAGGAGGGCCGCCAGUCCGGAGGCUGCCAAGAAGGGGGAUUGUGCCAGCAGAGCCCGCAGGAGGAGCAGCCAGUCGUCUACGGGCAGCAAUCCCAGUGCGAGUGUGGCCACCGAGGCCGGUCCCACCGAUCUGGUGGGGGAGAAGGCAGCCAUACUGGGGAGGAGGCGCUCGGGCAGCCCAGCACGGACACCACGGGCUGCACUCGGCCAUCCCGAGGACAGGAGCCCGAAGAAGAGCCAGAAAAGCAAGGAGAACUUCUCCCGGGGAACCAGACAGGUUGGCUCAGCCAAACCUUUGCUAGCAGGCCCCAGGUCCCAUUCAAGUACUGAACCUGAUGCUUCUGCAGGGGACGAUGCAAAGGAGGAGCCACUACCGCCAAGCCAGGAGGGGCAGCUCCCCAGCACGGCCACCUCGGGCAGGAGCCCCAUCAGGCUUCCCCAUAAGAAGGAGGCAGAAGAGCCCAAAGGAGCAGCAAACCAAGCAGGAGAAGGCAGCCCAAAGGCUCAGGACUCGGUGGGGCUGGUGAUGGUUGGCCAGAGGCAGCAGUUUGCCCCCUACACGGGUGACACAGUGAAGUACCACGUGGAAGAGCUGAUGGCUCCAUCCCGGAGCGAGCCCAGCCCCAGCAGUGCCACCGCUGCCUUCUCGGGAGCGAGCAGCAAGUACGGGAAGGCACAGGGGCUCACUGAUGGUGGGAAGGGCUUUGCCACACCGGCUGCCCCGUUUGGGGGCGAUGCGGUGGGGAUGAUGCUGGCUGCCAAGGCGCCCGAUCCGUAUGUCAGCAGUGACAAUGCCUUUUUUGAUCCCAAAGGUCUUCCUGCUCACUACGAUGCCAACCUCUUCUCAAAGCCCCCAGCCUUGGGGUCCUCACACAUGGAUGACAUGUACUUGUGCCGGGAGGACAUCAGCACCGGCUCCUUUGAGCAGAAGCACGCCAGCAUCUCCCCCUACACUGCAGAAACCCCACAGACCAAGGUCUCCUCCCCUCUCAGCUUUGAUUCCUCCUCGAUUUUUGGAGAGCUUCCUGUGACUGAGUUCGAUUCACCACUGUACGAGAGCGUGUCUGCUGGCAAGGAUGGCUACGUGGCAGCGUUUGCCUGCCCCAGCAGUGCCCCCAGCAAGCCGCUGCCCUUUGAGCAGCCGUACCCACCAUUCAUGCCGGAGAAGGACUGGUCCCUGAUGGAGGAGGUGGCUCCAAUGCUGCCAGAAGACAUGGCUCACUUCCACGGCCUGGCGGUGGACAAGCCACUCGCCAAGAAAUUCCCCGAGGAGGCACCCGUGCCCCCUGCCCAGCUGUCUCUGCCACUGCCGGACAGGAUAACGGAUUACAACGUGGCUUUUAUGAACAACAUGUCCGACGACGAGCUGGAGAUCAAGCGGCUGGUGACGGAGCUGGAGAGCCAGCUGCAGACCAGCAAGCUGAGCGGCGAGGCUCCCGCCGCCCCGCCGAAGGGAGAGCAUCACGCUGCUGCAUCCCUGCGGGGACCGGCGGCCGAGCCUUUCCCACCCCUGCCUGCUGACCAGGGGACGGGCCACCAGAAGGGGCUGUUCAUGGCAGAUGACCUGGGCAGCUCGAGCCUCCUGGCCACCAAAGUCUGUGCCGGGGAGAGCCUGGGGGGUGAGAAGCCGGUGGUCGCAGGUGCCCGUGGUGGCUACGCGGGAGGCAGGGAGCCCUGGCACGGACCCGCAGCGGCGUUUGGCUCGCUGGAUGCUGGGAUGUGCACGCCAGCCCCCUCGGAUGAGUUUUGCCCCAAAGACAGCAGGGAGCAGCUGCAGGGAGUUGCAGUCACCGAGGGAAGUAGCCCCAGAAAGAUGGAAAAUGAGUCUUCCUCCAAUAGCCCACCCAACUCCUGUGCGCCAGACCCAGCUGAGGUGCCCAUCUACAGAGACCCCCCUGCAAAAAGCCCUCCUGCUGUCACCAAUGCCAGGAUGGUGGAGGCAACCGAAGCCAACAAGGACACCCUGCCAUCCCUGCCAUGCAAACACGGUGCAGAGAGCUUCCCUGUGCCAGGGAAACCAAGUGAGCGCUUUGGUGAUGCUGCAGAGCUGGAGAAGUUCAACGCCCAUCUUCCAAACCAUAAACCUGAGCUCGGCUUCCGGCCUGGUCCGGCCACAGCCAUGGACCUCGCCUUUUCACCUCACGUCAAAGAGGUCCCGGAUGCAGAAGAAAGACCCUUCGGCAAGUCCAAGGAACCCCAAAUGGUGAAAAAUGUCGUGGACUUCAAGGGGGAUGGCGGUGGAUCUGCGUUACUGGAAGAAGCAGGGGAGAGGAAGAGCCCCACAGCCUUGCCGGCCCCCGGGCACGGCGACAAAGCCAGCAAGCACAAAGCUCUGCUCUUUCACAUGCUGAGCCUGCCCAAGGAGAGCAGCUGCAGCUCCCAGAGGACAUCAGCCACCCAGGAUGCCAACCCACUGCAGCAGCUCCAGCUCUUCGUGGCGCGGACGGUGAAGAGCAACGAAGAGGAGCUGUUGAUGCCCUGCUUCCCCGUGCUGCUGGCCCCCGGCCACCCCCCUGCCACCAGCAAGGGCCAGCCAGAGCAGAAAGAGGAGAGUGGUGAUGGUGAAAGUCAGGCGUAUCGCCCUGCCCCAGGGGAAGGGGAUGUCCCUGUCAUGGGCAAUGCAGAAAGCAUUGCUGCCCCAGCUAAAGAGGCUGUGCCAUUCCCCGGUGCCUGCAGGCAGCUGGAGCCGUUCAGUGCAAUGGGCUCCUACAGUGCAAGACUAUCCACGUUUGCUGGCCCGGAGCUGCAAAAUAAUGUGGCGGAGCUGCAGCACUUAGCAAAUGAAGACGAGGAGCCAAAUGACAUUAAUAUCCGUGCAGAUGGUGCUUCCCAAGAGCAAAAUGACCUCUCGCCACUCAAAAACACAGCGGUGACCCCACCGCCAGGGCAAGGAAAGAAAGCUGAUCAGCUCGUGGAAGAGCAGGAGCAUAAAGAUAAAAACAAAGUGGCCUUGGCAUUUAAAACACAUGAGCAAUCCCAUUUAAGCUGUGGUUUGAUGGAGAAAGAAACGCUGGGCAGUGCAACAUCAGCGGGGCUGGGAACAAACGAGGCUGAACGCAGAGCGUGGUGCCGGGGAGCUGACCGGGACGUGCAGACACCAGGAUCUGUGGGCACAGGCAGUGCCCCCGCCAGCCCCACCAGCAUACUCAGUCCCUCCAACGAGCCCCACGUGCAUCCCCGUUUGUUGCAGGACACAAAAGUAAAUGCAAAGGUUCCCAGAGAAGGAAAUGGUAAGAAAAAGUCCCUCAACGGCUGUCAUUAUGCAAGUGAAUCUCUGGCCAGCCUCCCCUCGCAGAUGGGUUUUUCUCACCCCAACUACUUGCAGAAUGGUGGGACCGAGGGCGGAGAAUCCCCCAGCUUCAGCAGUCAGCUCUCAGAAGAAAAUAAAUUCAGCAAGUCCCCGCUGAACGCCUCGAGCUCAUUCCUCGUGGCGAGAUUUCCUCCUGAGGCCGAUGGCAAUCACACCCACCACCCCACCCCGAGCCCAACAGAACAAGGGACAUGGAACAGGACCUCUGCUUUUCCUCCCCCCCUGCAUCACUGUGGGGCCACGCCAACAGAGGCAGGUGGGGAUGGUCACCACCGCUCCCCUGAAGGUGUUUUGGGAAGCUACGGACCGCCUGAAAGAGAAGGGAUGGCGAGAGCCUGCGCUCCUCUGCGCGCUGAUGCCCUGGUGGGCUCUGCCGUGGAUGGUGCCCAGGAGCCAUGCAGGAAGGAUGGCUCGCCUCCCUGCUCGCCUUUCAGCCACAAAGGGGGUGGGAAGGAGGGACCCGAAACCGCCGGUGCCGUGCUGCCAGGAUCUCAUUUUAGAGAAAACCAAGCGUGCGCCGUCACCGACAUGGUCAUUAACUCCAUUCCUCCAGAAACGCAAAAUUACCCAACCCAACCCGCGACAGAUCUUCUGCUGUUCACAGAAAGAGAGGUGAACCUAAAUCAGGAGAAAAAGCUUGAGAACUGCUGUGAUGAUGGAAAUAAGCAUCGGAAUGAACCAGAGGCUUUGUCCAAUGGUUUUGUUGUUCAGGAGGUGCCAGCUGCUGUCUGUAGAGGGCUUAAAAGGACGGGAGAUCUUGGUCCUGCUGAAUCAAAUGGCCACCAGCCUUCAGAGGCAGCAGAGGUGAGAACUGGUGAUCUUUCCAAAACCACAGAGAUCGGAGAAAAGAGUUUAGAAGGGGAGAAACCCAAGAGCCACAGGGCUGAGCACAGUGGAGAAGCUGUGAGUUGCGUGUUAAAUAACAUGGGCCAAGGAGAGGGCAACACACGUCACAGCACUCCAAGCCCUUCCCAAAAUGAAAUGCAGAAAGAAAAGAAGCCCAACGGGGUCCAGGUCACCUGCGACAUUUGUUCAGCCUCCUUCCGCUCCAAGCCCGGCCUGACCCGGCACAAAGCUGUCAAGCACCAGGUGAAGCCCGGCAAGACUUCCAGGUCCACCUUGAUUCCUGCGGAUGAGACAUCGAGGGCAGCCCAGAAGGUCUCCAGAAGGAGCCUGAAGGCUGUCAAAGAGAAAACCUGCAGCUCCCAGGUGCCACCCGCUGCUGAACAAGCGUCCAAGAAAAUAUGCACAGGCCUGGAGAAGGAGCCCAGCACGCAGAUGCAGGAGGUGGUGAGCAGAGUGCUCAGCGACCUCAGCGUGAUAUCCCUCGAGGUGUCCCAGGAGCUGCACCGCACGCGUGUUGCGCACAGGGAGGUGAAGGCCAAAGGGCAGCACGCAGAGACGGGGGCAGGCGAGAUGGCAGCGGGGACGCCGGACCCAGGCAGGCAAGGCAGGAAGGGAGAGAAGGGCAGGAGGAGCCAAAGCAAAGAUCCCGGAGGGGUAAACGGCAAUUCUGAGAAGAAGCUGAACAGGAAAGUGAGGCGAAGGAAAGCAAAGGCAUUUCCCAACAGACAUGAGCCCGAUGGUCCGCCUGAGCUGGGGAAGAAUUCAGGUCCUGCCCCUGCUGCCCUCAGCCCCAGCCUGCCCACUGUCACGGAGGGCCUGCAUGAGCCAGGCAGGUGCAUUUCAACAGAGGAACCCAACUCAUCCCCUCCAAAAGCGAAGCAGUCCCCGUGCACAGCCGAGCUCGCAGAGGACCCAGGCAAAGGGAUGGUGCCUUCAGAGGAGGUCAUGAAGGAGCCAGUAACGGGCACAGCUCCCUGUCCCGCGGGGAAGAAAGAUCCAAGUGAAGCAGAAAGCACGCAGGCUUGCAGAGCGUGGGUUAGCGGGUUUGUGAAGCAAGUGGAGGAGGGACUGGGUGAGGUAGGCGAGGAGCAGCACUGCGGUGCCGAUGGCACGGAGGAGAUGGAGGCUGAGACAGGAGGCAGUUCGGGAGGCAGCGGCUCUGGGAAAUGGAGCGGUGUCCCAGGGGGUCUCAAAUCACCUUCCCCAGGGGUACCAUCGGUGGACACAAAUGAUUUGGAAACCCCCCAAAAGGCUCCCACGCAUGGGGCUCUGCAGCCCCCACCGGUGUCCAGCCCUGCUCCCACGGAGCCGAAGCGCUGGGCGAAGGCAGAGCUGCCGCCGAGCAGGGAGCACCACGGGGACAAUGCGGCCACCUCCGACCUCCAGGGCUUGUUUGACGACGAUCCCACGUUCUCCCAGCUGUUCCCCCGGGACGACCAGCUCAUCCGGAGGAAGUGCACGCGGGUGUAUGGGAAGCGCAGCAAGAAGCCCAAGCCUGUCACUGAGGUGAGCCUCCGGCCGGCGGGUGCCAUCGACCUCUUCUCCAUCCGACUGGCGUCCGACCUCAGCGACACCGGCUCCUUCUGUGUCACCAGAGAGGACCCCUGCGAGUACGAAACCAUCUCCGUCGACGACGCCUUGAUGCUGAACAUGUGUCACGGCAGCAAGGCGAAGAGCGGGGAAGCAGGUCCCGGUGGAUCCACAAGCACAGCACUGCGGUCGGACAGCGAGAAGGCCAGCCCUGGGAGAGAUGUCACUGACCUGGAGGACAAUGUGCUAACUUUCUUGUGCCAGAACAGCCACAUGGACAACGGCCCCAGCUUGAGCAUCUGGGCGGGUCUGGAGAAGGAAGGAGAGAGCCUGUCCGCUGAGGAGAUGUUUGAGGCUUCGGUGGGCCUGGAGAAUGAGCACUCGCUCGGAGAAACGAGCUCCGAACCCCCCGACCUGGCGGAGGAGCCCUACGACGGCAAGAGCAGCGAGGAUUCAGACUCCCCCGAAUUCCACACGAUUGACAUCGAGAUGCUGAAUGCCAAGCUGAAAAUGAGGGACGUGUGCUUCUUCGGUUCUUGCGAAGAGCUUCCUGGCAGCAGGGACGAUGAUGCUUCAAGCUUCAAGCCGAAGCCGGGGCAGCACAGCAAGCACGGCAGAAGUAAGCUAGAAGAUGGGAAGCUGGGCAAAAACCGCGGCGACAUCACCGUCAAGGCCAAGGACAAGCAGUACAAGUGCAAAGUCUGCUUCCAGUGGUUCCUGACGUUGGGGGAGCUGGACUUCCACAAGCUCACCCACAACCCCUCCCCGCCGCCCACCUGCUACAUGUGCGUCCAGCGCAAGUUCAGCUCCCGGGAGCAGCUGAGGGACCACCUGAAGGAGAAGCACGCCAAGAACAAGGCCGGCCUGUGGGCCUGCGGGAUGUGCCUGAAGGAGAUUUCCGAUGUCUGGAUGUACAACGAGCACCUCCGCGAGCACGCCACCCAGUUCGCUCGCAAGGGGCAAGCGCAGAAGUCCGUGAUGGGCCUGCCGGCCUGCUUCGGUGAGGACAACGAUGCUGUCACCCAAUUCCUCAACACCAUCAUGUGUCGGAAGCCCAGCAGGUCCUCCCGGCACGCCGAGCCCAGCAGCAAGCACACGCCUAGCAGGGAGAGCAGGAGCCCCAGGGAGCUGCCUCCGGAGCAGGAGGCCAAGGCAGUGAAAGAGCCUUCGGAGAGCAGCGUCAAGGUGAAGCCUCCUGCACCAAGCUCCUCCAAAGCAUCUGCCAGUCCGUCUCCGGAGCACCCAGCAAAAAGCGAAGGCACCCCGAAAUCUGUCCCCAUGCACCCAGACUGCAAGGAUCCUUCCAGGGACUGUCAUCACUGCGGCAAGCAGUUUCCCAAGCCCUUCAAGCUGCAGCGGCACUUAGUGGUGCACAGUCUGCAGAAGAUUUACCUGUGCCACAAGUGCCCGAUGUUCUACCAGGAGACCAAAGAGCUUCGAAACCACCUCAGCCAGGAGCACGGGAUAGUGGAGGAGCAGGAGAUCAAGCACACCACGCUGUACGCCUGCGAGCUCUGCGCGGACGUCAUGCACGUUAUCAAGAAGUCCUUCAUCUGCAGCAUGUGCAACUACACCUUCUCCAAGAAAGAGCAGUACGACCGGCACAUGGAGAAGCACCUUGCGGGCAGCAACAGGACUUUCAAAUUCAGAGGGGUCAUGAGGCCCGGCGCUGCCUCCAGGGAGGGCAGGGAGAAGGUGAGGGAGGACGGCGUGCCGCCGAGCAAGAAGAGGAAGGUUGCUCCCCACGGCACCUCGCCAGUCCACCUGGCCCACGCUGGUGACCUGCAGCUGGUGGAGGCUGUGAGCCCCAGCCUCCAGCCUCCUUCUGACCCCUUCCCUGUAGCACCCCGGGACCCGGCGGCACCUCUGCCCCAACCCCCCGUGAAAACCGAAGACCUUGUGGGUGACUUCUCCGACCUCCUGGCGGAGAUGGAGAAAUCCCAGUUUGACACCCUGCCGCCUCCACCCUGCCUCUCCCCGUCUUUGCCGCAGGCUGCGGCCAGCGGUGCCGAGCUCGGCCACAUCGCUGCCCUCUCCAUCGAGGAGCUGGAGAAAGGAGCGUUUGAUGGGAAACCACUUCCUUUCCUGGACUCGCCCGGGUUUAGCAUGGACCUUGCUGGGUUAGCAUGCAACCAAGCCACAGACCAAAAGCUGUCUCCUCCACACCUCACCGAGAAAUGCGGCUACGCCGAUGCCCAUAAAAGAACAAGUGUAAGCAACAAAGACGAAUAUACAGCGGGGGGGUUGGGAAACCCUGAUGCAGCCACCGAUGCCGUGGAUGGGAUCCCAUUUCUCCAGCUUGCCAAGAAGGUCUCGGAGCUUCCUUCCCAGGGGGCAGAGGCUCCACCGGCCAAGGAGGCCCACAGGACGCAGUGGGGCACCCCCAGUGCCAGCGAGGCCUCUUCUUGGGAAGGCGCAUCCAAAGCCACUUCUCCGGAGGCUGCCCAACAGCCCCUGCCCCUGAAGGACAAGACAGCAUCACCUGCACUGAAUAGGGCUGCCAAAGAUUCAGCCCCGCAGAAGAAAACCACAGGGAACCAGUCUGGUGGUGAGGCUGCUCCCGAGGAGGGCCAGCAAGGUGGUGCGGUGAAGGACAAAUCAGUGCCUGAUGCCAGCACCAAGGAGAGCAGCGCUGGCACCAGGGACCACGGUGGCAACCCAAGCAGAUCCUCCGGCCACCAGCUCCGAGGAGAUUCUGCCGGCCACGCGGGCAAGCUUCACCUCAAGAGGAGGAAAGAGCACAAGUCCCUGAGCCACCGGUGCAGCGCCGGCUCCCGGGAGAACAUGGAGGGAGACGGGAAGAAGAAGAAAGGCCGGGCGCCGGGCCCGGGCAGGAGCGAGAGCAGCGGCGAGCUGAAGCGCGCCGACUGGAGCAUCGCCGAAACUCCUGCCCUGUCCCCGGGGAGGAGGGAUGCUCACGGCAACAGGCUGCUGCCCAGGCCCAAGAUGGGCACCCAACUGAAGAAGGUAGUCCUGGACGCUUGCAACCAGAAGAAGGGGGAGCUGCGGCACGCCAACGGCGACGUGCGGCGCAGGAAGGCCAUUCUGGGGAAGAGCCUGCACCAGGUGCUGGCCAAGGGCACGGCGCCGGCCCCGCGCGGCUCCUUGCACGGCCCGCGCCCCGCGCGCGGCACCAAGCCCGCCGGCUCGGCCAGCUACCGCACCGCCGAGUCCCAGAACAACCUGCUCAGCCAACUCUUCGGGCAGAAAUUAACCAGCUUUAAGAUUCCUUUAAGAAGAGAUACUUCAGAGUAAUUUAUGGAAGUGACUUACAGUGAUCCGCAGCUGCUUUCACGGGGUUUGCAAGGGGAAAAUUAUCAAAGCAUUAAAUUCGUUUGUGUAGCAUGAUUUUUCUGUCUAGCUUAAAUGAACUUGCACUGCAGCCUCUGUGAAAUAGUUUGCUUUGUGUCUACUAAUCUACUUUAAUUCACCUGAUUUAUCAUGCAAAUGCUAGAACUUUGAUGUUGCUGAUGAUUUUCAUGAACUGAAAUUGUAAUCGCUUUGGGCAGACUGAAUCGUCAAGAGCAAAUGCUUUAUUGCAGAAGUGCUGAGGUUAUAAGGAUACUUGCAAAUCUCAGACCCUUUUGAGACUGUGUCUGUGUUAUCUUUGUACAAAGUACUUGAAGAGAUGAACUUCAUUCCGUAGACGUCUUAUUCAUAAGGUGCAGUACACUGUAGAAAGCAAAUUUUUUUUUUGAAGAUUUUGCACAAAUAAUCCCGUACAAUUCAUUUAAUUGGGAGCUGGCCUAAGAGAUGAUACAAUUAAAAAAAUAAUAAUAAAAAUUAAAUUAAGCAUCAAGUGUCCCAUAUUUUGACAGCCAUCCCUAAGAAUUUGUUUCUACGUCGUCAGGAGAAUACCGAAGCAGCCGGCAGGCUGUCCAAGCGCUGCCGCCGUCGCUGCCGUCCUUUGACCACUGUAGGUGAUGUGCACGGAGGAGAGCUGCCACCGCUAGCAAACUGCACCUUGACACUUGUGACAAACUCUUGUUUUUUAGUUGUUGUUUUUUUUUUUUGGGGGGGGGGUUGUUUUUUUGUUGUUGUUUUUGUUCGUGUGGGGUUGUUUAUUUUAUUUUUUUUUUGCGCAACGACAAAACUGUGCCAACUUACCGCACCGCAACGGUACUGUCCGAGUGCCCUCAACGGUAUAACUUCUAAAACUAUCUUACUGUAUUGAGUUAGUGGCUAUAUAGGUAUCCGCUUUUUACUAUGCAGUUACUGGUGCUAUUCUUAUUUUGUAAUGUGAAUACAGACUUCCUUGAUCGAAAAAAAUAAAUAAAUAAAUAAAUAAAAGGGAACCGUUAGGAAGUAGCCGUUACCUGUAAGAGAAAACAAAGCAGGAAAAUCAAAGGUUAGGGAAAAUCCUGUAUGCUGGUACUCCGUAGUGUCGCGAAGGUUACGUCACGCCGGACAAGCACGUUAUACAACCGAACUUCUGAACCGGAAAGUAAUCUCAGGUGCAAACGAGGACAUGGAAGAUAACUAAAUACUAUUGAAAUACUCCCAAGUCAAGGAGGUGAAGUAAUGCACUGAUGUGAUAUGAACAGUCAGAGUACUUUGCGUCUGUCCUGCAAUUUUUUUUUGUUUUGUUUUGUUUCAGAUUUAAAAGGAAAAAAAAAAAGAGGCUUUAUUCUGUUAAUAUGUACCUUUACGAUUCUUUGUAUUGUAUAAAAAUAUUGUAGGUAAUUUACCUUGGGUGCAAUGUGUUAUGUCAAAAGUUUUUAUUUUGAUAUUUUGUCAGAGAAGCAGAGAGAGAGCAGGAAACGCCAUUUUAUGAUGUUGUAUGUGUGCUUUUAAAGUGCCUCUUUAAUAUUGUUAAAUAAAGUAUGAGAUGAAAAUAUGGGGUGGUACUGUAAAAUCAUACAUGAUUAAUCUUUUCAAAUAUAUUCCAAUAUUUUCACAGAAAUUCCCUGUCUUGUGUGGCGUUUGUGGGCUCCUUCUCCCCGGCUGUGCUGGCAGAGCCUGACCCCGGCCCUGCAGCCCUGUUCUUGGCCCCUUUCCUGACCCGACCACGAUGCUGCCAGUGCAGCAGGCGGACGCUUUGCACAUUUUUGUGGUGUCCCGUGGGAACAGGAGGGCUUGGUGCCUCCGCCAUCAGAUUGCAAUAAUCUGCAGAGAUGCAACUGGAAGCGUGAAUCUCCAAGCAGCUCUGCAGCAGGGCCCUCAGCUGCAGCUUGGAUUUUAAAGCUCUUCCCGACAGCACACGCUGCAGGUGCGCGCUCCGUCUGUCAUUUAUUUAGCCCCAGCAGAAACUCGUUCCCAUUUUCCAUCGCCCAUGGACAUGACCCCACGGUGCCCGUCCCCAGCGCCCUCACACCCUGGUCGCCACCACGGGGACAUCUGCACCGUGGCCAGCAGACCCCGCUGACAUUUCCCUUCCUCCUAUACAAGCACCCCAUUGCAUUUCACACCUCAGCUGUGAUACAGCCCUGUGGGUGCCUUAUCCAGGGGGGGGCCCAGCUUGGUCAGCCCCAAUUUGUCCUCGAGCUGACCUCUGCCGCGCUGCGCUGAGGUCUGGAGGUAGGAGGCUGACACAAAGCCGGGCAUAUUAUAUUCUUUAAUUACUGUUGCAAUCAUAACAUUUAAACGCUGUCAAUGAGAGAUAGCUCAUAACCGCGGGCUAGAAUCCUUGCCACUUGGGGCUUGUAACUAAAACUGCAGGAUUAAUUUGAUUAAUUGAUAGAAUUAUUUUCCAAACUACUCUUUUGUUUAUGGAGGCUUAAAAUGCUUGCCGCCUGCACCCUCCUGGUGUGUUGCAGAGUGGAGAUAAAGCGGCUGAAAAUAAUUAGUAUGGCUUAAUUUAGGGAAAAAAAUAACCUCAAAAGAAUUUUGCAGAAAAUUUAAAGCAGCACAUUUUACUUUGUUUUGGCAGGAAAUAUUAUGGAGUUGGAAAUGGGACUUUUAUGUUUUCUCUCUCCUAUAUUUCACCAGGGCUGCAGCCCUACCGGGGAGAGGAGUAUUUCACUCCGGUUUGCUGCUGCAGCUCUCCCACACCCCCAGCUCCAUAACGUGGGCACCUGGAGGACAAAAUCCCACCGGGAGUAACAGGUUUGCGGUGGGCAGGGUGCGGGGAUGCCAUUUGGAAGCAGCCCCAACCUUCCCCCUGCAUGCCCUGAGCAAUGCCCACCCCAGGCACCGCUCCCGCCGAACGCUGCCGCAAGCCCCAGCGCCAGCCCAGCAUCCUCCCCGCAGCUCCCCAUGCUGCUAAAGCCACAGCCGGAAUAUUUAAUUCUUCUUUUUGCCUUCCAAGCUGGGAGGUGGAAAAAAAUCCCCCCCGCUUCCAUCAGCUCCUAAAGCCCUGGAGUUUGCUGAGUGUUGCAUUUAUCCGCGCACGUCGCCGUUGACACUUGGAGGAUUGCAAGGCCCCCACCAGUGUAAUGCCAGCAAGGAAGGACGAGCCCUGCUGCUCCUCGCUGCUGUGGCUUUUUUCCAGCUGCUGUUUGUUCUUAAAGCCCCCCCAAACCCAGCUGCCCUUUCUUCUAAGCCCCACGCCCAAGUUUCCGAGCUGUAAGUGCUUUAAGCCUCUCCGCCGUGCCGGGCAGAUAACGGGAUCCACCAUGGUUGUCACGCUGCUAGCAGGGGCUGGAGAUUUUUUGAGUCGCUCUUGAGUCAAAUCUGGCCGUUCCUUGCACAGCAGUAAUUUAAAUCCUGGCCCCCACACUCCUCUU